CGAAACUGAUAUAACACAGAUACGGAAGACGCCUUAAUUCGUGACAGUGGGAUCUGAACGCGCCUUUGUUUCUGGAUUCUGUUGUGUAGAUCCUUGUUCCUUGUCAGAUUUAAUCGACAGGGUAUCAGAUUUUGUACAAUAUGGGUCAAGAGUUAUCAAACGCGGUCUUUAAAUCGGAAUGAAUCAAGACAUGGUUCAAAAUAUUACAGCAAUACACAAAAUUGCCUGGGACUCUUUUUCCACCGUAUGCAGUGUAGAAAAUUCUACCGUGUUGUUUCAUUUGUUACGGAACAGUUAUACGUGUGUUUGGAUAAUAGCAUUAUUUACGUUCUACCUGAACGAAGGUCUUCACAGGAAAGAUUUUGAAUAAUUGUUUAUUCAACCUGUUUUUAAAACCUCAAUCGAUUUCUUAUUAUGAAAAAAGGUAUUCAACAUAUUUAAUUCAUUUUCGUCAGCCGUGAGGUAAACGGAUGAUAGAGAGAUUUCUCGAGAGUUAAGGUUGACAUUUUCUUUACAAGGACUGUAGACUUUGACAUGAAAUCUUUUGUUGGAAAACCUCAGCCGGUAUGGUGAGGUUAAUCGACACCACAAGUAGAGGGACUACCAUCGCCUCGCCGUGCGCUUUCUCAGCUGAGCUCCGAUAUAUGCCCCUAUACAAAUUGGAUAAUGAUCUAUAUUAACAAUAAAACAGCGCACAAACGAAGCGCAAUCAUGAAUGAACUUCAAUAACUUAAAUGCGAAGCUGGAAUUCUUAUUACUGGUACGGAUAGUCAGCGCGAUCUUUGGCGUACAGAGCUGUUGCGCCGCUCACAGAGGCAACAAUUAGCGAUGACCAGGCUCUCAGGAAUAGGGGUUUUCUGGGCUUUGUUGUCCCUUCUGGCCGCGAUAGGGGCCAGUUUUGGAUUUUACAUGCCUUACUGGUUGAAAGGACAGCUGAACGAUAUACCGGUGUAUUUCGGUGUGUUCAGGCGCUGUAACUACCCGCGAAGAACCUUAGAUGGUGCAUUUGAAAUGGUGGAGCAAUGUGGACGAUAUUCGAGUUUCAGUGAUAUUCCCAGCUUAUGGUGGCAAGUGGCUACCGUAGCGGUGGGGGCCGGAUGUGGACUGGCUGUCCUAAUAGCCUUAAUUGCUAUAUUGGCGAUUUGUAUCAGGGGAAUAGUUUCACCUUUUAUUGCUAGGAUUGCAGGUGUUUUACAGAUGUGUUCGGGUUUGCUUGUAGGGGGAGGUGUUGCUAUUUACCCGCACGGUUGGACCAGUGAAGAGGUUCAGCAAGCAUGCGGGAACCUGUCCAGUUCCUAUAAAUUUGGAACCUGCACAUUCUAUUGGGCAUUUUACUUAACGGCAGGGGGAGCCGCCCUCACAUUGUUCGCCGCCAUGUUUUCUUGCUGUGCUAGCACACCCAAAAGGGACCGACCGUAUGCCGACGUGUAGCGUUAUGGAAGGUGUUAUUUUUAUACAUGUGCCCCAGCGCAGACUCGCUCACUUCUAGAAAACACAACAUAUUUUUGUAUAUGAGCAAUCACUACCUGUAGAGAUUUUAACUCAACUGAGCUGAGUCGGAUGAGUUUUUGAUGGAAAUGUGCCCCGUCGUCCGUCUGUCUUUAUAACGUUUGUUGGUCUAUAAAACAGUCCUUUCAAGGAAUAUAGGACCACUCUCAGUUAAAUUUAACCAUAGCCUUCGUUAUACAUGUAUUAGGAUUGAUGAAUAAAGGAUAUGGUUUUUCUAACAUUUCGGCGACGGAACUGAAUUUGGUUGGAUUAUAAUGACUCUGUAUUCAUGAAAAUAGUGCUACUUAUUUCCAAGCUAUUCGGAGAAAUAUUUGCAUGCCAAGGGAACAACUGGAUCAAAUAUUUAUACCAUAACGACUUUAAAAACGCUGAUAUACUAGUUUAUAUGUACAUGUAUACACUGAUAUACUAGUUUAUACGUACAUGUACACACUGAUAUACUAGUUUAUACGUACAUGUACACACUGAUAUACUAGUUUAUACGUAGAUGUACACACUGAUAUACUAGUUUAUAUGUACAUGUACCAGGGCCGUAAAUUACAUGGAGGCGGAGGAGGCAGCUGCCUCCUCCAACUUUUGAGCCAAAAAAAAUUAAAAUUUAAAGUUCAUUAGAAUUUAUGUUGUUUCCAAUAACUAAGAACAUGAUACCUCCCUUAAAAAGCAUUCCAAAUCUUUCUUUUAGAAUGAGUUAGUCAAGUAACAUCUUAGAAGGCCCUAGAAUCAAGGAUUUUGCACGAAACGUGUUCAGUGUGCACAAAAUGUGCUCAGCGUCUGGGGGCCUGGGCGGCCCCCAGACCCCCGCCUAAUUUCCUGCCUCCUCCAAAUUGAAGGUUAAUUUACAGCCCUGUGUACACACUGAUAUACUAGUUUAUAUGUACAUGUACACACUGAUAUACUACAUGUAGUUUAUAAGUACAUGUACACACUGAUAUACUAGUUUAUAGGUACAUGUACACACUGAUAUACUAGUUUAUACGUACAUGUACACACUGAUAUACUACAUGUAGUUUAUAAGUACAUGUACACACUGAUAUACUAGUUUAUAAGUACAUGUACACACUGAUAUACUACAUGUAGUUUAUAAGUACAUGUACACACUGAUAUACUAGUUUAUAGGUACAUGUACAUACUGAUAUACUAGUUUAUACGUAGAUGUACACACUGAUAUACUACAUGUAGUUUAUAAGUACAUGUACACACUGAUAUACUAGUUUAUAGGUACAUUCAUGUACAUACUGAUAUACUAGUCUAUAAGUACAUACACAUUGAGGAGGGUCCACCGCCGUUAAGAUUCAUUAUUUUGUAACAACUCGGGUCAGCGUUGUGGUCAUGGGUGUUUUACUUGUCCACGUGAAGUUGUGGUGAAAACAUGACAGAGCCGGUACGUAACAUUUCCCACCGUCGUAUUUGUGUAUCACGUGUCAUACGCGUUCAUGUAUGAUACUUGAGACAGUUCGCAUUUAAGUUUUUGAGAAAGAGAGAGAGAAGAGAGAGAGAGUCAUGACUUAUCAGAGUAUAACUUGAGCUGUAACUGUGUAAGGGAAGUUGGAGAGGAAAGAAGAAAGAGACAGAAAGAAAGAGAUAGAAGCAUGCCCCAUGUUUAACCUUAAGUGCAUCAUAAUCAUGUACAAUGUAUAUACGUGUAAUACCAUGUUACAUACACUGUUCAAAUGUCUUUGUUGAUAUUAUGUCGUAAAAUAAAAUUUACUACAUGUACAA